UUUUUUCUUUCUUUCUGUUUUCUUCUUCUUUUCUUUCAAUACCAAAACUUAAAAUAAAAAGAAGAUGAUCAAUACUACAUUCCUUAUUCAUAGUUUAUUAGAAGGUGGAUUUGCUUUACAAUUGAUACUUUAUCCUCACACUAUCUCGUUUUUAUCAUUGUCUGAUGAUUAUGCUUCGUUUGUAGCUCGAUCGUAUGGUGCAGCUUUAUUAGGAUCAGCUGUUACUGGUUUCUUUAGUUACAGCUUACCCAAUAUGCUUCCUGGUAAACGAGUAGCAGCUAUUGGAUUUAUGAUCUAUCAUGCUCUAGUUGCCUUAUUUUGUUUUCAAUCAAGGAUGGAUGGACCAUUAACUCCAACAGUAUCAUGGGCUUUGACAGGUCUUCAUCUCUUUAUGUUAUCUUGCUUUUAUAUUUGGUAUAAGAUUACUGCUGAUCAAGUUGCUCAAUUCGUUAAACAAUCUAGAAAACAAGGUUCUUCCUCUUCCAAGUCUCACUAGUUUAGUUUAGUUGUAAUAUUAGUAUUAGAAUGUCAAUUUUACAAAUAAAAUGAACAAAAGAGG